AUGCUUUGUUUUUGUUCUAGCCCGAUUGAUGGCGAUCGUUAUUAUCUACUUUAUUCAUGGUAUUAUAAUCGAAUACAGCCAAAAUUUCAAAUAACAAAAAGUCGUACGUUUUUUAUUUAUAAUAUAACAGAACAAAUGCAAGGUAUUUAUAUUUGUCAUGCUGACGAUGGUUCUGAAAAAUUAGAAUUUGAAAUGACAUUAACUAUUGAUAAAAAAAAUUCGACUCAAUUUAUGAUCUUAUUGUCUAUUGGUAUUGUGUUACUUGUUAUUUGUUUACUAAUUGCUCUUUUUAUUUGUUUAUCGUUAAAAUAUAAUUUUUGUAAAAAAUUAUGGAAAAAAAAAUUGGAUCAUCAAAAACUUAGUGGUGAAGAUGUAUCUGUUCCUGGUCAAAGAGGUAACAAUGGCAAACCAGAAUAUACUGCAUCUCAUGUUUAUUGUUAUAUCGACAGUCGUUUACAUAAAAAGUCAAUCCCUACACAUCAACAUGAUCUUAAUAACGAUACAAGGAUCGAUAUACACAAUCGCUAUUACAUCACUGAAGGUGGAACAACAACAUCAGUAAUUCCACGAAGUGACAUUUAUUGGAAUGUCUAUGAAACCAUUGAUUACAUUGAUGCUGAACAACAAGCAGUGUUACGUGUACCCGAACAGGUACAGCCUACACAAUAUCACAGAGUACCUAACGUCCAUCAGUCAUCAGUUAUACUUGAAGCAGAGCAACGUGAAGAAAUUCCAUCAUUGUACAACAUAUCGAAUUCAACAAUAUCAAAAGAUGCUACAUAUUGCGUUACUCAUAUUAUGCCUAGUAGACGAUACGAUCAAAAAUAUAAUUUACUAAUACCGCGAGCAUCACAGCAAAAAGAACGUUAUCAUACAUGGCUUCAAAACAGCAGUCAGAGUACACAAGAUUCAUUUCUGUCACCAAACAUUCAACAGCAACCGACGCCAACUCGAAUGAGUGGUGACGGAGCUGAAAGUGAAUAUCACCACAGAUCUCACCGAAGUUAUCCCGAAUCUGAAUCUGAUUUUCUCACAAGACCAUCGACACAACUACACCAAAAACCAACUGUUCGUUUUUCAAUGGAAAAUGAUUUGAAAGCGAUAAAUCAAUACAGAAAUAUAAAUAAUGCACCUAUAACUGGUCAAGAAGAACAAAAGCAAGAAUCAUCCUCAUUCGUUAGACGAAAACGUUGCCAAAGUGAAUUACAAUCAAAAUGUACACUAAUCGAGGAUCCGGAAGACGAUGAUGAACCAUAUGGUCGUAAUACAUCGACCCAAUGGACAUUUUCCGAAUCAUUUAUAAAAUCAAAUGUUUCUAAAGAGAUAAUGUCAAGAAUGAAAUCUGAAUUUCCGGACGAUUUGCUACGAGUGAUGAUGCCACUUGUACCCAAUGCUAAUCCGAUUGUACGUUCAUCCAGUUCCGUAUUAUCGUUUGAUUCACAAAUCGAAAUUGAUGAUUUUCAGCAAAUGUCAAUCGUGUGUGAUGAAGCACAUGUUAAUCUUACCCAAAUAAAACCCAAAUUGAAUUUGGAUAUUUUUUUGUCAUCGACAGAUAUUGAACAAAAAUAG